AUGGCUAAAAACGAAGUCUUUCAGUAUUCCCUCGUCUCCGCCCUGAUGGACGGCGUCGCCACGCACGGGACCCCCAUCUCGCGCGUCCUGGAUCACGGCGACCACGGCCUGGGUACCUUCAAGUCCAUGAACGGCGAAAUGAUUGUCCUCGACGGCGUCUGCUACCAGAUGAAGUCCGAUGGCACCAUCGAGCAUAUCCACACUCCCUCAGAGGUGAUCACACCGUUUGCGACCGUGACCCGUUUCAACCCGAACGUAUCAACACGGGCCACCAUCUCGAACAAGAAGGACCUGCCAGCCCUGCUGUUGAAGCUAUUUCCCCAGAGCAAGAACCACUUCUUGGCCAUCCGCAUGGAUGGGACGUUCAAGAGGAUCAAGGUGCGCACGGCAGGCGGUCAAUGCUUUCCUAGGGAAGGCAUGCUGGCGGUUGCGGGAAGGCAGACAACGAACACGUUUGAAGCAGUUAAGGGCACGAUCAUCGGGUUUAGGUGUCCGGCGUACGUGAUGGGGCUCAAUGUGGCGGGUGAUCAUUUGCACUUUAUCGAUGAGGAGAGGCAGAAGGGCGGACACAUUUUGGAGUUUGAGACCGAGGGCGAUGUGGAAGUUGGAGUUUCGUUGAUGUCCAAGUUUCACUUGGAGGUGCCGACGGAGGAUGAGGAGUUCAAUGAGGCGUCACUGGCCCAUGACAAAGAUGGUAUUGAGAAGGUGGAGGGUUAGAGAGGCUGUAACUAACAGGGACGGUGAGGAGGAAUGGAUGCAUGUCACGAAAGAAUAUGAUGAUGAUACAAAUCAGUGCCGGUGCGUUAUCAGCGCGGUUCUUGUAAUAGAGGUCUUU